AUGUACUUCACUACUUCCUCCGUUGUUGCUUUCAGCCUUCUGGCUUCCUCUACCCUUGUGGCUGGCCACGGAGCAAUCAUUGCUGCCACUGGCGAUGCCGGCGGCAAUGGCUCUGCCAUUGGUGUUGAUCCUACAACUCCUCGUGACGGCACCAACCGCAACCCCUUCCAGCAAGACUCCACCCGCUUCCGCGGUGAUGCCGCAGCUACCUGCGGUGAGACCCUCGGUGGAGGUGCCAACGAUAUUCAGGCCGGCACUGCUCAAGUCAUGCAGCUUAGCGGAGGCGCUCUUCCUCAGGUCUCCGCUGGCGGUGCCCUUAUGAUGACCGUCCACCAGGUCAACUCUGAUGGUGCUGGUCCUUACAAGUGCAUGAUCGACGCCACUGGUACUGGUACCAACUGGGUCCCCAUGACCGUCACCCAGAACCUUCAGGGUAACGACCGCGGUCGCAACCGGGACACUCAGUUGCAGGAUCAACCCCUCAAUGUCCAGGUCGCCGCUACUCAGACCUGCACAGGAACUGUUGCUGGACAAAGCAACGUCUGCAUGGUCCGCUGCGAGAACCCCGCUCGUGCUGGACCUUUCGGUGGCUGCGUUCCCGUCCAGAUGGCUGGCGCUGCUGCUGCUGCACCCGCAGCCGGUGCUGCUGCCCCUGCCGCUGCCGCUCCUGCUGCUGGUGCCGCAGGUGCCGCCGCCCCUGCCGCUGGUACUGCUACUGGAGCUACCGGAGCUACCGGUGCCGUCCCCGCAACCGGCGCCGCCGCCGGUACCGCUGGCACUGCUGGCACUGCUGGUACUGCUGGCACUGCCGGUGUUGCCACAGGCGCUACUACUGGCGCUGCUACUGGCGCCAACUCCGUCUCUUCUCCCGCUCAGCGCCGCAAGUACAUGAGGAUGAGCGGUGGAGUGCGAUGUAUUCCUGCUGGUCUGCGACCAGAGGAUGGCACUGUAUGAGGUGGUGGUAGAUGGUAGUGGAGAAGUGGUUGCGUAGAGUCUGGAUUGGGAACCCGGUCUUUUUCGCUCCUUUGUAAUAGUUAUUAUUCAGUC